GGCGGAGCUGAGCGGAGCGAGGGCGGCGCGGGCGGCGGCGGGGCCGAGGGGAUGCGCGGACGGCGGCGUCGCCAUGUCGCACGGCCACAGCCACGGCGGGGGCGGCUGUCGCUGCGCCGCCGAGCGGGAGGAGCCGCCCGAACAGCGCGGCCUGGCCUACGGCCUGUACCUGCGCAUCGACCUGGAGCGGCUGCAGUGCCUCAACGAGAGUCGCGAGGGCAGCGGCCGCGGCGUCUUCAAGCCGUGGGAGGAGCGGACCGACCGCUCCAAGUUUGUUGAAAGUGAUGCCGAUGAAGAGCUUCUGUUUAAUAUUCCAUUUACAGGCAAUGUCAAGCUCAAAGGCAUCAUUAUAAUGGGAGAGGAUGAUGACUCACACCCCUCAGAGAUGAGACUGUACAAAAACAUUCCACAGAUGUCCUUUGAUGAUACAGACAGGGAGCCAGAUCAGACCUUUAGUCUAAAUCGGGAUCUUACGGGAGAAUUAGAGUAUGCUACAAAAAUUUCUCGUUUUUCAAAUGUCUAUCAUCUUUCAAUUCAUAUUUCAAAAAACUUUGGAGCUGAUACCACGAAGGUCUUGUAUAUUGGCCUGAGAGGAGAGUGGACUGAGCUUCGCCGACACGAGGUGACCAUCUGCAAUUAUGAAGCCUCAGCCAACCCGGCAGACCACAGGGUCCACCAGGUUACCCCACAGACACACUUCAUUUCCUAAGGCUGCCCAGGGCUCCCACAGAAGCACUGUGUCAGCGAAGAUGUACAGCGUCCUGCUGGGGAGGACAAAGAGCUGGGGGUCCAGAGAGAGUCGGUGCCACAGCCUCUGCCAGGCUUUGUCUUUGGGGCUUGCUGCAGGAGAUACCACACCACCAGGCAGGGUUGUGUGGGUGCUGAGGGAUAGUCGUGGUUCUCUAGGGCCUAGAAAUUGCGUCUGGGGCUGGUCAGCAUCUGGCAGUCUUUGGCCUGGCUUCCCAGUCAGUGUGGCCAUGGGAUCCCAAGUGUCUUGUUGCUUUGUGGCAGGAUUUUUGUGUGACUUGGUUUUUUUUUUUUGUUUUUUUUUUUAAUGGAAACUAUUUCCUGGGCUGCAGUAAACUUUCUGAAGCCUCAGCACUGUGUUUCUAUUAGCCAUCAGGAGGGUCUCCAACUAGAAAUACUUGUCCCUGCUUGCUCCUUCUUCCUGUCAGUGUUCAGCAUUCUUGUCAAGUUGCCCAGCUUGGAGUUGUCUGUCACGUACUAGUGUCCCAUGGUCAAAGCUAGGAGAGCAGGAAUGCCCUGGUGGUGCCUGAUAGCUCGAGGAGUAGGUCUUUCUCCCUUUCUCCCUGCCUAGGUAAGCAGUCUCGGGAGAGCAUGGGCAUCGUUUCUGUGUGGGUGAGCUAUCCUGGUUGGAUAAGAUUGGGACCUAGGCAAGAUUCCCUUGGGACAUCCUUCAUGUUUAUUAGCUUCUAACUAAUGUCACAAGCACAGUGCCAGAAAUUGGAGAUCUGUUUUUCUGUUCAUGGCUUUUUAUUCGCCGUAACUAAUAAGCUUCCUAAUAAAUCUUUGCUGGACUUCA